UUCUUCUUUGUUGCAAUUAGGUGAAUCCUGGCAGUCUUGCUGAACAAGCAGGCAUGAUGACGGGUGAUGCCAUCCUGAAAAUCAUGAAUAAAAGCACUGACAGCAUGAAACACAAAGAAGCUCAAGAUGCCAUUAUCAGAGCUGGAAACAACAUUGAGCUUACCAUUCAAAGGGGUGGUGUGAGAGUGUGGAAGCCCACUGUCACACCUGUAGGUGACAUGCCGACGGUGACAAGCCCACCCGCCUCAGGCCUCUACACGAAGACUUCUUUAGCAGCCAAAAAACAGGAGACUACUCCAAUAGGAAGUAAACACAAUGUUGCUCCUCGACCCUUUGCUCCCCUCGGAAGCGGAAAAGUAUUGGUGAACAAUCAGUACAAUACUCCAGCUCCACUUUAUUCCAUGAACAACAUUGCUGACACGCUAUCUGCUCACACGGAAGUACUUUCAUCCGGUGCUAAAGGAAUCAAUUUUAUGAAAGAACCACAACCUGUGAAUAAAGACUCGGCUGUUUAUCGUAUGAUCAUGGAAGAAAAAGAAGGUGGCAGUGCAGAUCAUUUCAAUCACGUUGAUCAACAACCUUCCAGAAAAGAUUCACCAAUGAUUCAACCUCAAUCUGUGACAUCUCACGUGUCAGCACCUAUCACAAAACCGCCAUCAGAAAGAUCAGAGAAACCUGGUGCACCCAAUGCCUGUGUAGAAUGCGGGAAAACAAUAAUUGGCGUUUUCGUAAGGAUUAAAGAUAAGAACUUGCACCCAGAAUGUUUCAAAUGCAGUACUUGUGGCACGUCUUUAAAAAAUGCUGGUUACUUCAAUGUAAACGACAAAUUGUAUUGUGAUGCUCAUGCCAAAUUAGCCGCCAAGAUAGCUGCAUCUAUGCCAACUUUUGAACCAAUUACAAUGAGUCAACCGGAUGUUCCACCUCCUAUGACAAUUCCAACAAGUCCAACUCCUCAAACACCGAGCCAUCAAAUGUCAGCUCCACUUUCACCAAAUGCUUAUAGAAGUGUUUCUCCGGUACCUUUUCAUAAACAGAGUGAUAUGCACCACGUUGAUGCUCCGCAAAGCCCACAGCCAGGUUUCACCUCCCCUGUUUUCAAACCUUCUGUUGCACCUCCGACUGCACCUUCUUUCAAAGCGCCCGGAACCCCUGUCAAUCAAGCUCCCCAGAUAUGUCCUUCAGUACCCUCUGGAAAUAUUUCAAGUACUCCAGGUGGAGGCCCAGGUCACAAGUUUGUGUGGCCACCUCAAAAGAAUGCCCCUGCUGUACCAGCAGAUCCUGCACUGACUUCCAAUAUAACUCCUACAAUACCCAGUUACCGUCCACCUCCAGGAACCCAACAUGCCGCUUCCGUACCUAAAUACCAAUCCCCUUUGUCCCCUACCCCUAAAAUACCUAGUCCCACCCCACCCUCUUUUACUUCUGGCCCGAAAGUGGCUCCCAUGACCAGCCCAAAACCCCGCAAUCCCGUUGUUCAGAGCAAUAAGGCACAAAGUUGGAAUGUAGGCAGCUCAUUGACUAGCACUACUACUUCAGAUUUUCAAUCCGGUGUGGCCAUGAAUCUCGGAGCCGGUUCCAGGCCAGCACCGAAAAGAGGAAGAGGUCAGAUGAAACAACAAGUUGCUGCUGGUGCCAGGAUUCCUAUUUGCCAAAUGUGUGGAACGCCAAUUAGAGGUCCAUUUGUGGUAGCCCUUGGUAAAUCAUGGUGUCCUGAUCACUUUGUUUGUGCCAACAACAGAUGCCAAAAUUCAUUAGUCAACAUUGGAUUUGUAGAAGAUCGUGGUCAGCUUUACUGUGAAAACUGCUAUGAAGUUCACUUAGCUCCUAUUUGUUCAAAAUGUUCCUUAAGAAUCAAGGGGGAUUGUCUAAAUGCUCUCGACAAACAAUGGCAUCCAAAUUGUUUUGUGUGCUGUUUCUGUUCAAAACCUUUUGGGAAUAGCUCUUUCUACAUGGAGGAUGGAUUACCUUACUGUGAAAAAGAUUGGAAUGAACUAUUUACUACGAAGUGUGUGGGUUGUGGUUUCCCAAUCGAAGCAGGAGAUCGCUGGGUUGAGGCUCUAAACAGCAACUAUCACUCACAGUGCUUUAAAUGCACAAAAUGCCUAAGAGGAUUAGAAGGACAAAGUUUCUAUGCCAAAGGUGGCAAACCAUACUGUAAAGCUCAUUCUAGGGAUUAAAUUUUUUUUCAAAGGAACUUCAUAUUCUAGUCAGGAAGGACUUAAAAAGAAUUUUUCAAAAUGUGCCUUAAAAAACAAGAAUCUGUGCCUAUAAACUUAAGGGUCAAAAGUGCAAGCAACAUUUUAACUUACAAAGCUUGUGAAGUAAUUUCAAGAAUGUACAAAGUUAUAAACAUUUUUAGCUUGUUUUAGAAGAGUCAAGAAAAAAAAAAUUUUUAAACUUAAAAUUGUUAUUCAUUAGGAUUCGUUUAAGCAAAGAAAAUUAAAUCCGAAAUGGAAAAGUUUUAUUUUGAAAUAAAUGCUUGCAACAUAUAAAAAAAUUUUCAGAUAAAUUUUUUUUUACUGUUUGCUUUAUUGAUUUACAAUUUUGAAUUUAUUCAAAAAAAAAAAAAAAAAACUUAUUGCCAGAGUAUUUUUAAGUUGUUCUGAUUCUUAGACAUCUAUAAUAAAGAGCAACUAGACAAUGAUCAAAUUGGUAAUUUAUUGUAACAGUUUUAGCUCUGUAUAAGUUAUAUUUUUAAUAUGUAAUUAAAAAAAUAGAACAAUUUAACUUAUGUAAAAAUAGUCAUUAGCCAAUUAAAAACCUACUACACAAAUACCUUAAUGUAUAUUUUCAAAAUCUUUGUCUGAAAUGAAGGAAAAAAUAUAUUUUGGGAAUUACAAAUAAAAAUUUAAAGGCGGGAAAGACAAAGAAGAUAUCAAAAAUUGUCAAAUCAUUUGAAAAGAAAAAUAUGAAAAACAUCAAAACCUGUCUAAUUGCAGCAUGAAACUAAAAGCUGUUUCUAAUCAAUUCCUGUUUCCUCCAACAAACAGGUUUUGACAAUACAAGCCUCGUUUUCUUCAACAAUGAUUCAUGAUAGUUAAUUUCAUUUUUUCCCUUGCUUAAAUAUUAAUUUGUAAUCCUUAAAGUGCAUACUCUGUUUCUGACAAGGAACCAAAAAAUAUAUAUUAAGAGUAGUGAUUAUAAAAUAACCUGUAAAUGCUUUGAUAUACCAUGGAUAUAAUUUCGAAAAUUCUUAACUAAUAAAUAAAAAGAAAUAA